AGUGGGGUCUGAGGCAUGUGGGGGCGCUGGUGGCAAUGGGGAUGUAGCCCCUUGGGGGCACUAGUUGUUUUGCUGGAGAUAAAAGCGCGGGCGCAACAGGGAAGUAGGGCAGUGGCUGCCACGCAGCCCGGGCGGACAGAACCUGUUCUGAUGCAAUGCGGUCUGGAACGUCUGACAAUAAACAAGGCGCUGAACGGGGUCGUCCCAGACGACGGAGGUACAGGUCGCCCAGUCCCCGGUCACGGUCUCCGUUCCCGCCUACGCCUGCGCCUCGACCGCGGAGGUCGGUCACGACGUGGACAGUUGUCCACAAUGGAUAUCCGGUGUCCUGGGCCAGCCACUCAAGAUGGACCUACCAACACCGUCCCCUCCGGACUUCGGACCCGGCCACCGUUCGACCCCCGUUCCGAGGUCUAACCUUGUCGGAGCGACACCCGGCGGACCCUCUUCUGCCGCUUUCGGCCGAGGAGCAGCGCCUCUUCUGCCCAACGUGCGGAGUCCCCGAACUCCACCGAACCACCCACCGGCAGGGACGCCUGCAUCGUUCUCGUGCGGCACAGGCGCCUGGCAACAUCAUUCCGGAGGCUGCCGUGAGUGUCCUACGUCGUCUCCGCCCAGAGGCGCUGCGCGAACUUCUCUGCGCCGUGAACCCGCCGCCGGAGCACGCCCCCGUUCCACCUGCGAGCCCCAUGGACCCCGCAGACGACCUGCUGAUGCAGUUUCCCUCGGACGAGGACGUUUGAACUUUCGAAGAGGACUUAGGGAGGGGGAGAUGUGGGGGCGCUGGUGGCAAUGGGGAUGUAGCCCCUUGGGGGCACUAGUUGUUUUGCUGGAGAUAAAAGCGCGGGCGCAACAGGGAAGUAGGGCAGUGGCUGCCACGCAGCCCGGGCGGACAGAACCUGUUCUGAUGCAAUGCGGUCUGGAACGUCUGACAAUAAACAAGGUUGGU